AUGGUCAAAGCAUUAAUCGCAAUUACAUCUUACAACGAGCCAUUCUACGAUGAUGGUGCCAAAACCGGCCUCUUUGUUAGUGAGGCUUUAGAGCCAUUCUUGGAGUUUGCUCAAAAGGGGUAUGAUAUCACAUUUGCCUCAGAGACUGGUACAUUUGGUUAUGAUGAACACAGCUUGUCCAAAGACUUUUUACAAGGAAAGGCAAGAGAAGUGUAUGAGGAUAAGGACUCUGCAUAUAACAAGACAAUUGCACAAAUCAAAAAGGCAUCAGAUUUAGUGGAUACAAAGUUUGACGUUUUCUUUGCCGCUGGCGGUCACGGUGCAAUCUUUGACUUUCCAAAAGCCACUGACUUGCACAAGAUUGCUGCAAAGACUUGGGAAAACGGCAAUGUCGUUAGUGCUGUUUGCCACGGACCUGCCAUCUUUGAAAACUUGAACCUCUCCAAUGGCGAGCCAUUGAUCAAGGGUAGGAAGAUUACCGGAUUCACCGAUAUCGGAGAAGAGCAGUUGGGCGUACAAGAUAUCAUCAAAAAGGACAAUUUGUUGACAGUACCCCAGGUUGCCAAGAAAGAAGGUGCUGAGUAUGUUGAGCCAAAGGGUCCCUGGGAUAACUUCACAGUAAGUGAUGGCAAGUUGAUUACAGGUGUUAAUCCCCAAUCAGCUGUGGAAACUGCCAGAAAGAUUUUUGUUGCAGUUGAAUCGGUCAACAAUUGA